ACCACCACCACUCCUGCAGCAGCUGGUACCACCACCACUACAGCAGCUGUCACCACCACCACUCCUCCAGCAGCUGUCACCACCACCACCACUUCCGCUGCUGUCGCAUCAACUGACCCUCCAUCUUCUAGUGAAGGAACAAUGAGUCUUCAGUUCCGUCUCAACCAGACGUUCAACUCAGAUCUUUCCAACCCUUCCUCUUCAGAGUUCAAGACUCUGGCUGCCAAAGUGACCUCUGAGGUGAACAAGGCUUUUGCUAAGACCCCAGGCUUCCGUCGUUCCAUUGUCACCUCAUUCAGGAGUGGAUCUGUAGUUACCGACAUGACCCUCGUGUUCGAGAAGCUGUCUUCGGUUCCCAGCUCAAGCAACACACAGGCAAUUCUCACCAGCAGUUCCACCUCCCUGAACAUUAUACCAGGCAGCGUCAGUGAUGGGUCAUCAACCACAUCAGGAAGUGCUCCCCGACCCACUUCCUUCUCUCUGGCUGCCUUGCCUCUCACUUUGGCUCUGUUAAUGGUACAGCUGCUGGCUAGCUAAUAGCCUGGGACAUAGCUGCUGUGGCUCUGCUAGCUGCUGGCUAACCAAUAGCCUGGGACAUAGCUGCUGUGGCUCUGCUAGCUGGUAGGCUAGCUAAUAGCCUGGGGCAUAGCUGCUGUGGCUCUGCUAGCUGGUAGGCUAGCUAAUAGCCUGGGGCAUAGCUGCUGUGGCUCUGCUAGCUGGUAGGCUAGCUAAUAGCCUGGGACAUAGCUGCUGUGGCUCUGCUAGCUGCUGGCUAACCAAUAGCCUGAGGCAUAGCUGCUGUGGCAUUGGUUUAACCAAUCAACAGUUUCCCAGCUCUCAUAGAUACAGCCUUAAAGCUAGAAUCCUUAGUUGCUACACACAUUUUUUUACUUAUAAAUUCAUUAUAUGUACCCAUUGAUUCUAGAAGAAUAUAACAUAUGAAUACCUCAUGACUUCAGCUCAACUGUCGUACCCCAUCAGAACCCACAAUAUAAGCUUGUUUUACCCCAAUGUUUCUAAACAAUGCAAACAAACACUGUACGGCUUUAAAACAUUAUUAAAACUAUUAUUCUGAUAUCAUGGAUGGUCAGUCCUGGCAUCCAUAGCUCUGUCUAUGAAUUUGUUAUUGUUUCAGUUAAUAAGGACUCUGGCUUUAAGAUGCAUUACCUGCUUAAAGCACUAAUUCAAUCUGAGAGUUAUUAUUUCUAUACCACUUCCUCCUUCUGAACUUCUAAUGCCAGUGGGUGUGGCUUCGUGACAACGAUCAAGAGGAGCUGCUCACCGAUUGGAUAUCUCCAGCAUGUGUGGUUAGAACUGAUUUGAUUGAAGCUCGGCCCUCUUUCAAAUUACUAUUAUUUAACACUUAACCAUAUAACAGACAAAAAUGAAUUAUUAUUAAUUAUUAUUAAUUUGCACCAAAGCAACUUGCACACUAUUUAUCAGUGAAUUUUUUAAACUAAAAAAAACACAAAAAUUACAAAAAGUUUCCACAGUUUGUUAUAUAUAAAUAUAUAUUUUUAAAUGUUUUAUUUGAUCAUAUUUCCCCCUUUAAUUAUUAACUGAUGUAACUGUAUUUACAAUUAAAAUUCUCCAAGACUGGGAUGAUAUUUACUUUGAGUGAUUUUGGGCAUAUCAAUUAAAAUGUGGACCACUUCAAUGUUUUAAAACUGUUGUAGAGCCUUGCCUGGUUUGUACUUGUCUUGUUAUUAUUAAAUCUAAUAUAUU